UAGUUAAUCAGUAGCAGUUGUCAUCGUUGUUCUUGGAGUGAGCAGCAUCCUAGGCUAAGAUCUUCCCUAGAGAAUCUCAUCACAAUAGUGUUUGGGUAGUGGAAUGAUACCUUUUGUGUACCCCAAAGUGACAUUCAGCGUAGAUGUGUAGACAAGCAGAUCUCAUCAUACACAGCCUCUCAAUUAUGAGCCUUUGCUGGUGAAGAGAGAAUAAACUGGAAAAGGAAUCCACCUAAUUUUUGUCACCAUGACACUGUCUAAAUUAUUGAUGUGCUUCAAUACUGUUUGCUCAUAUAUCUAAAAGCAUAGCAAUAUGCGGAUCUAUGAUUACUCUUGAAUGAACUCAUUGACGUAUCUCUGUGGAUCAGGCAUCACCUUUGGAAUAACUUACUGACUGUCAAGGCAAGUAGGAAAAACACCAACAUUUUAUUAUCAUUGAGGAUAUAAAUCCCAUGGAUAGAUUUUUAUGAAUUGGUUUGAUUUGAAGCGAGGAAGUCCAAGAUGACAUGGACUCGAAAGGAACCGACUCGAGGAUCAUACGCUUCGAUAAAUCAGUUCGAUCCCGACAUUCCAAUAUCAACAGAUGAGGGCUCAGAAGAUUCCAACUAUGGUGGUAGGCCAUCAGAUUCAGAUUUGUCAUUGGAUGAGGAUAAGGAAGCAGUAAGGCGAGAAUCACAGCGACAGGCCCUCUCACAAUUGGAAAAAGCAAGGACAAAACCAGUAGCUUUUGCCGUACGAACAAAUGUGAGUUUUGACGGAAGUUUAGAUGAUGAUUCACCGGUGCAGGGUUACGCCAUUUCAUUUAAUGCUAAGGAUUUUCUACAUAUUAAAGAGAAAUACAGCAAUGAUUGGUGGAUAGGGCGUGUUGUAAAGGAAGGGGCAGAUGUGGGAUUCAUACCAAGCCCAGCUAAGCUGGAGAGUACACGUCUUCAGCCCUCAAGUAGCCGAAGCAAGCUCAUGGCAAACAGUUCAACAAGGACAUCAUUAGAACAGAGUGGUAAAAGUUCUUCAUUCCUAAAUAAUAACAAAGCAGCAACCCUACCUUUGAAUAGUAAAAGUAGUUACCCAACUUCCCCCCGACACAGCAGGUCUACCAGUGGUCUUAGUUCAAGUUCAAACCUUGGUGAUGUGAUGGGCUUACCAACCUCCAAAUCCUCAAACAACUCACGUGGAUCUACGCCGCCAACGCCAGUUAUUGAAUACCUAUCUAAUGCACUUAUCAACACUGUGAGCUCAUUGAGAGGUGUAGAUGAUCAGAAUGGAGUAGACGAAGGGGAAGAGACAACAUUGGGUAACUCUCUCAGUAUGUCAAACAAAACUAAUACAAUAUCUCCACAGCCAAAAGAAAAAAGGAAGUUUUUUAAGAAGGCAGAGAACGUUCCUCCCUAUGAAGUGGUACCUUCCAUGAGGCCGCUGGUGUUAGUGGGACCAUCACUGAAGGGAUAUGAAGUGACUGACAUGAUGCAAAAGGCACUUUUUGAUUAUCUGAAGCGCAAAUUUGAAGGAAGAAUAUGUAUAACUAAUGUGAAAGCUGACAUAGCCUUGGCCAAGCGGCAGAUAAUGAACCCUAAGACGAAACACACCCUGCCAACCAGAACUUCCAGCACAGUAGAUGAAGUUCGAGAAGAAAUAGAUCGUAUAUUUGAAUUGUCAAGGAGGCUGCAACUUGUAGUUUUAGAUUGUGACACCAUCAACCAUCCCACACAGCUACAGAAGACAUCACUAGCACCUAUUAUAGUCUACCUAAAAAUAUCAUCCCCUAAGGUAUUACAAAGACUCAUCAAGUCCCGAAACAAAUCUCAAAGUAGAAAUAUGAAUGUGCAAAUGGUUGCAGCCGACAAGCUGGCACAGUGUAGUCCAGAUUUGUUUGAUGUGAUCCUGGAUGAAAAUCAGCUGGAAGAAGCCUGUGAGCAUCUUGCUGAAUAUUUAGAGGCAUACUGGAAAGCAACACACCCUACUAUACCAAACACACAGCCUAGGCCUUUGCAGCCUGUCCCAUUGGACGGCUCACCACAACAAAAUAUUUCUAGAUCUAAUGCAAACCGCAACAAAGAUAGACACGAUGGACAGGGAAUGGAGCCUGUCGGUAUGAGAGAGUCUCCACAUUCACAUCAGCAAGAUUAUAGAGAUGACCAAAGAGGCCAGCGAGAGCCCGACAGACGGGAUCCUCGCAACGACAGACGACCUAUGCAGGAUGUCAGUCAUAAUCGUGAUUAUUAUCAGGAUUAUGAUACUAGGAAAGAUAGGAACUAUGAUCCACAGUACGAGCGUGAUCGUUAUUAUGAAAGGGAUGCAAGACGGGAAGGUGGUCCCAGAUCAGAUAGGAGCAUGCCCCGUGACAGGGAACGGACUCUAGACCCCGAUCGGGUUAGUGACCCAUAUGCAAGGGAUCGACACUAUUCUGAACGAGACACACUACGUUAUGAGCAUGAAGUCACACGAGACAGAGGGGACAGAGACCGGUACAAUAGAAAUGAACAAUAUGAAAUGCAGGACCGAGCACGUGAUAGGGAUAGGUACAUUGAUCAGCAACCAAAUGGGCGUAGUCGACACUGGGAGCCACAAGGACCGGUGAAUGAAUACGAACGCCGUAUGCCGUCUGCGCCUUAUCCCGAUCAAUAUUCACGAUAUGGAGACUCACACGGCAUGAGAGAACCCUCUACAGUAGGCAUGGGCAGACCUCAUCCUACCAGGCCAUAGUGGUGGUUAUCAAAGGCUCUGUUGUAGGAGACAUGUGAUUCCUUUUAUUCUUGAGAUAUUCUAGAGGUAUUUCACCCAUAAUUUUUGCAACUCCAUUUGACCAUGUGCCAAUUUUAUUUCAUGGAAGGAGUGUGUCACAGUACCACUUUCGAACUGUCUCCAUGUUAGUUGCUGAAGAGCUUUUCAAACAUGCAAUGCUUCUGGAGAUUUUUUUAAUGCAAAACUUUGUAUUUCUGAUCGACCAGUGGCUCACAGAUAUUCUGGUCAGCUGAUUAAGAAACAUGGCUUAGAUUAUGCAAAUUAUCAGUGAUAUUGAGAUACAUUUGAAUGUGGUGAAGGUGGUGGCGGCAACAAUGGUGAUGGUGGUUGGUUAUGGUGGGUAAGGUGAAUUGGCCGUAAGAUUUUAGCUCUAGUCCUUAUAUCUCAACAGUAGAUGAGGUGAAUGAGGAUAAAGACAGUUUUAAAAUAAAAAUAACUUGCCAUAUAUUUAUCCAAUACCUAUGAUGUGCCGAAUUUGGCCAAAUAUUGUUAAUUUUCUCAAAAAAAAAAUUGUAGUGACAUCCGUUUUCCAUGUAACUAGACUAUUGAAGUGUACUUGAAGUUUGACAAUAUAAUAUUAGCUACUAGACACUCAAUAGAAAAUAUCAAAGACAAACCUCCAAUGUGUGUGUGAAUACUGGUGUGCGACUAACUCGCUUGCUCAUCUUAAUGAUGAAUAUAAAUGUAGCAUCAGGAAUUUGCGGUGCAAAUCCCCAAUACACCAUAGAUCCUAUAGUAGUAGUAGUAUUAACUGUAGUUGUAGUUUGUAGAUCCGUAUGUCAACCCUCAAUAUAAAGUCUCCUCUUUUAACUUAAAGAAACCAAGAAAACAAAGUUUGUGAAAAAUAUAAUGGUGAUUUGAAACACCUAUAGCAAGAGUGUUGUGUAAUAUGUAUUUAAAUGAUAACUGCAUUCUGUACAUGUCUGAGGGACUUGAUUUUUUAGCACUUGUAUAUAAUAUUGUUGUCCUCAUAAUAGAUUUUUGGGGUUUUUCAUUUUGAUAAAAAUGACAAAAUAGUUGUAAAAGCUUUUACUGAGGUUUUCUCUUCUUUUUGAAUAGAAUUUUUAUUUCAUAUUUGAUGCAAUUAUAAAUUAGGGUUUAAGAAUAAACUCUCAAUUUUUAUCUUGUUGAUUUAUUCAGAUUGGUUUUUUAGUAGCGGUUUGUUUUCCCCAUAAUGGCAGGUGACAUUGUGUGGUCGAUAGCUAAGCGAUUGGUAGAAUUUAGUAUUUAUUUCUAGUUGUUUUCUUCAAAUUAUAUUGUAAAAAGUAUAUCAUAAGAAUAUUAAAUUUUGAAGUUUGGGAUUAUUAUUGUAAAUCUAACAUUCUACAUUUUUUUAUAGACUGUAUGCAUUUUGCUUAUCGCUUUAUUUUUGUAUUGCAGAUUGUGUAUCUUGUAACAUUUUUCCAAAUAUAUUGAGGGCAGUGUUGUCAAAUGAGUACAAGGUUAUGGUUUUUUUGCCAAACAUUUGCUUGUUAUUAGCACUUAAUGAUCAAAAAGCAUGAAAGAAAAACAAGUAUAUUUGUGUUCUUUCAUUGCUGGAAGUAGAAAGCCAUGAAUUAAACUUGGUCAUUUUUCUUUUUAUUCAUUCUUGGGCUUUCCCACCUAGGAGAAGAGGAUUAGUGAAUAACUUGCCUAAAAAGGAUUAUUUGGUUGUUACCCUAUUUAAGAAAUAGUACCCUCAUUUCAAAAUUUGAUAUUACUGAAAUUUGUUUUGUACAUGCAUUCAAGAUGUACCUUAGGAGGAAUUGUUUGGGAUAGAUAGUGGAUAGCUCAUAUAGAAUUUUAACAUUGAUGUUGAUUCAUUUCAUUCAUGCUAUUACUGCCGGCAGUAUAUUUAAAUGGGAAAAAUUGAAGAAUUAUAUGAACGAUACCAAACUAGGAAUAUUAAAACAUUCUUUAAUAUAGCUAUGGCUACUAGCUUAUUUCAAAUUUUAAUCACUCUUAACAUUAACCAAAAAAUGGGUAAGCAAAGUGGUUCAAACAGAACAUUUCCAACUAAAGGACCCAGCACACCUUAAUAAAUUGUCUUUAGAACAGAUCUUACUAACUGGACAUAUUGAAACAAAUUGAAUUAACGGAAUGGAAGUUAUACUCAUAUAUUUAAUCAAACUAUUAAGAAUACAUACUGUGUCUUUAUUAUAUAAGAAGUUAACUUUCACCUUAUAGCUAAAUAUAAAAAUAAUCUGUUUUAAUGAUGAAUUUAAAUUUUUUUUAAAUCGUGAAGCAGCUAAUUUUUCUUUUUCAAUUAUCGAUAGAGAUGCACAUUUGUUGAUAUAUUGACAUAAGAAUUAUGUAAAAGGACAAUGUUUGUUAUAAUACAUGGGAUUAAUAAAAAUAACUUGCCUAUCUAUACAUUUUAUGCAAUUUUUUCCAGAAUUCCUCAACUAUGGGAAGAAUUUUGGGUAGAAAUAAAUCCUAAGAUGAGUCAGUUAACUGUCUUUAUGAAAAAAAAAAUUAAUAUGUUAAUUGUUGUUUGCUGAACACCACAUAGUAAUAAUUUAUUAGCUGGUUUUUAAGAAUUAAUUGAUGUAUAUCAGCUAAAAGUAAAGGCAUAAGCACUCAUCACUAAAUUAUUGCAUCUGUAAUAUGUAAAUGUAAAGUUUGUAUAUAGAGCCUUAGUAACUAUGGUUACUCUAUAUUCUAUACCAAUGACUAAAUAUUAUAUAAUUACUAUUGAUAAGAUUAACAUAAAUAUAUUCUAUUUAACAGUGGCUAUUUCUGUUCAAGAAUGUUCAUUCAUUUGUGGAUAGAGAAAAUUAUUCAGGUUGAGACAAAAAAAAAACAAUUUCUUUCAGUGUAAUACAUAUUCCUUAUAAGAAAUAAAAGUUUCCCAUUUAAGCUCAUGAUAUCAGCACCAUUGCCAUCAUUAUAUUAAAAAUUAUUUAUUCAAAAGCCAUAUCACAAUUCUAUUUAAAAUUUAUUUUUAUGUCAAGUUUUAAAGAUAAUGAUUGGAUUGGUGAAAUUAAUAUACUUAUGGUAGUACUGUGUAAUGGCUGGAGAACGGAUAUCAAUACGAUUUUCCCUCAUUGCGAUAUCAUAUAAUGUUUUAUUGAUUCAAUUAAAUUUGCUAAUCAGGCCUCCUAGUUAAGACCUGGGUUCAGGUACAAUGGCCAACAAUUUUGGCCACAUUUGUAAUUCAUGUAUGGAUAAUAAACUUUAAUAAUAUUGAUAUAUAAUAAAUAUGCUAUUUAUCUGUUCACAAAAUCAUAAUCAUCUGUUGCUGCCAUGACCCUAUUGUAUUAUUAGCAUGCACAGAAUAAUAUGGACCUAAAAUUAGUUAGGCCUUUGUGUAAGAUAGGGAUUUCUGAGAUUUCUUUUCAUUUAUGGCAUAAUAAAAAUCCUAUAAAAUGUAAUUAUAUAUGAUGAAAUACUUUUAAUAUUAAAUUGAUGCCAGGACUACAUUUAAAAUAUCGAGCAAUAGAAUUAAUAGGUGAUUAAAUUUAAUCCCCUUAAAUUAUUGGGUAAUUGAGGGGAGGGGUCUAAUGUAUAUCUUACCCCUUCUCCAGUGAUUGAUCUUUUUUGGCUGAAAAUGCCAAAAUAAUUAUAUCUUAGUACAUCACAUUCCUUUUUAUAUGCAAGUAUACAAUUUAACAAAUCAAUAAUGUGUAUUAUUUUGUUUCUUCGUAAGCUUCUGUUUAUCAAUUCAUAUUGAAGCAGUAUGAUAAACUUUAGAUAUUAAGGUUGUUGUGUUGUGUCAUUUUCCACAAUCCUCUAUUCUCGAGGGUCUUAUUUGAUAUUUCAUUGCUUCAGUUUUAAUAACUUGUUUUCAGUUUUCUAUUAUAAAUAUUUUUGCCUGUA